CACGUGAUAGCGCGGUAUCCAGGAUGUGACGUCAGUGCUAUGGCCGGCCGCGAUGUGGGGCUUCUUCUCUCGGGAUCCUGUCAAGGAUUUUCCUUUCGAGACGGGCGGCAGCACCGAGGCUUUGCUGGGCCUGUGGCAGCUGCAGGCGGGCCGGAGAAAGGUUACCAAUGACCCCGUGUCCGUCUUUGUGUACGACGUCAAGCCCAACUCCGAUGAGCAGACGCAGGUGGCGAAAGCGGCGUUCAAGCGGCUGAAAACCCUGCGCCACCCGAACAUCCUGUCCUUCGUCGACGGGUUGGAGACCGAGAAAUGCCUGUUUGUGGUGACGGAGCCGGUCACACCGCUGGGAACCUACCUGAAGGCAAAGGAGGCCGUGGGGGGGCUGAGCGAGCCAGAGAUCUCCUGGGGCCUCCACCAGAUCGUGAAAGCCUUGUCUUUCCUCGUGAACGAUUGCAACCUGAUCCACAACAACGUGUGCAUGGCGGCUGUGUUUGUGGACCGCGCGGGCGAGUGGAAGCUGGGUGGCCUUGACUACAUGUACCCGGCGCAGGGGGACACACCUCCGACGCCAAAGGGCUUCCCGGAUCUCGACAAGUAUGACCCGCCAGAGAAGACAGACACGAGUGCCGGCAGAGGGGAGAAAUGGUCAGCCGAUACGUGGCGUCUGGGCUGCCUGAUCUGGGAGAUUUUCAACGGACCACUGCCAAGACUGUCCUCCCUCCGCUCCCUCGGAAAGAUUCCCAAGCAGCUCGUCCCACAUUACUGUGAGCUUGUUGGAGCCAAUCCGAAAAUACGGCCGAACCCAGCCAAGUUUCUGCAGAACUGCCGCAAGCCCAAUGGUUUCAUGAACAACACUUUCAUAGAAACCAACCUAUUUCUAGAGGAGAUUCAGAUCAAGGAGCCAGCUGAACGACAGACCUUCUUCUCAGAGCUGAGUUCGCAGCUUGACAGUUUCCCCGAGGACUUCUGCAAGCACAAAAUCUUGCCACAGCUGCUAACGGCGUUCGAGUUCGGCAAUGCCGGUGCAAUUAUCCUUGCUCCUCUCUUCAAAGUGGGCAAGUUCCUCAGUGCUGAUGAAUACCAGCAGAAGAUCAUCCCCGUUGUGGUCAAGAUGUUUUCCUCGACAGACAGGGCAAUGAGGAUUCGCCUUCUCCAGCAGAUGGAGCAGUUUAUACAAUAUCUCAACGAAGCGACUGUCAACUCCCAGAUCUUCCCCCAUGUCGUCCACGGCUUCACGGACACUAACCCAGCGAUCAGGGAACAGACGGUCAAGUCAAUGUUGUUGCUGGCCCCGAAGCUGAGUGACGCCAACCUGAACGUGGAGCUUAUGAAGCACUUCGCCCGCAUGCAGACCAAAGACGAUCAGGGUCCCAUCCGCUGCAAUACCACAGUCUGUCUGGGCAAGAUUGCUGCCCAUCUCAACGCCAAUACGCGGCAGAGAGUCCUCAUCUCGGCCUUCUCGCGGGCAACGAGGGACCCAUUCGCCCCCUCCCGUGCCGCCGGAGUACUGGGCUUCGCGGCCACGCAGAACUACUACUCGGUCUCCGACUGCGCCUGCAAGAUCUUGGUGGUGCUGAGCCCACUGACGGCAGACCCCGACAAGAACGUCCGGGAUCAGGCCUUCAAAGCUAUCCGGUGUUUCCUGACAAAACUGGAAACGGUGUCGGAGGAUCCAUCCAGAGCUGAGGAUGUGGAAAAGGACAUCAACCCGGCCUCGACCAACCCAGCCGCUGCCCUGGGGGCAAGCUGGGCUGGCUGGGCCGUCUCCGGGGUCUCCACUCUCACGUCCAAGUUCAUUCGAACAAACCAGGUAGCAGGAGGUCAGUCGGCAGAAAGUCAGCCUGCUGAAGCAGCCCCCAGCACUGGAGGAGGAGGUGAAUCCAAAUCCCCAGGCGCUCCAGUUGCACUGGCUCCCAGCAAGGAGGCAGAUGACAAGGAGGCGGCGAAGGUGGAAGAGGAGGAGAGGUGGGAUGACGAAGACUGGGGCAGCCUGGAGGAGCCGGGGAAGUCCAAGGCGCCUGACGAGAAGGGAGACUGGGCCGGUGCUUCUGAGUGGUCACUGGGUCAGAGCAGCAGAACCAAGGCUGCCGUGGGCACGAGUGCCGCCGCAUCUGGGGCCAGAGCGACGAAUCCUGCUACCUCUGAGUGGGACGCAGCAGACUGGAAUGUGAAUGGGGGCUGGACGUCCACGGCCGCAGUACCACAUGGACAGGGCUCUGGAGAAGACAGCUGGACCACCGAGUGGGGCAACGACAUGGCAGCGGGUACUGGCCAGAAGGCCAAAGGUUCCUCCUCGAGUUGGCGGGAUACCCGGCUGGCCAGUGAGUAUAACUGGGAUGGAACAGGCAGUGGGAGAAGGCAGGACGACUUCACCACCAUCACUCAAGCAACUGCUGCUGGUCAGAAAGCCGAGGACAGUUGGAGCACCGAUAUUGCUGGCAACUGGGACACAGAGGGAAACUGGGAGUCCGUUGACUUGGAUCAAGGAUUAAGUAAAUCUGAUCUCGCCAGGAAGAAGCGGGAGGAGAGGAAGAAGGAAAUUGAAGCAAAACGAGCAGAGAGGAAGGCUGCCAAAGGACCUCUGAAACUUGGUGCCCGAAAAGUUGACUGAGUUAAUGGUGCAGGGCACUAUGAGAGUAUAAUUUUUAAAGUAUUGUCUGGUAUACGCAGUAAGAGGACUGACAGGACACUGCAUCAUUGAUUGCUGGUAUGACCUAACUAGCCAGUACAUUAUCAGAGUUGCUGUCUUCACAAGUGCAUGAUUUGACUAUUGGACCACAACCUUAAGAUUGUGAAUGGAUGUAAUUUUGAUUUAUGCAGUAAAAGGACAGUAAAAAAAUGUUUUUUUCUAAUUAUUGCAAUGCCUGUGAACAACUGAAGCUGUGAAAAGCAGUCUGAUGCAGUUUCAAAAUUAUCCAGCAUCAGGAAAUAAACAGCACUCAAAAGGAGGAUGCAGGCUCUUUAUUGAUUUUACAGCACCAUUUCCAGAAAUUAAUGUACACACAAGUACAAGACACCAACAGAAAAGCCUUCAACCCAAACUCAACAUUUCAAAUUAUUACUAAAGCAGCAAAUCAGUGAAGAUUAGUGAAACUAUUAUGCUCCAUCGGAACUUGGUCUGGAAUAGCAAGCAAAUGCCGCAGGGAUUUGAACCCCAUCCUGGAAACCAGGAGUGCCAAUCACCAGCAUCUUUUGCUUUUUUUGGGGUGGAGCACUACAAAGGCAAAAGCAAAACCUGAGAAAACAAUUAUUUGUUCUCCCAGUAAAAGAAAACCUGAUUUGCUGCCUAAACUUCCAAUCCUGGCAGAUGGUAAAUUCCUGAGGCUCCAUGUAUUCUCAAAACAAUCCACACGUUCCAUUUGCAAUCUCUGACCUUGCAAGCCAAUGUCACUCACUAGACUGAAAUGCAACAAACCACCACACCAAACACGACACAAAUGGAACAGAACCAUUCCAGCAGUCAUUACAGUCAGAAUACUAAAUAUGAUCUUUAGAUUUUAAAUCUUAAACAUUGAUUACUCAUUCAUAAUUACACAUGGCAAAUAGACUGUUACAUUUGACAGCUUACAGACACUGUACUUCUGUUCAUCUGGAGACCUUCAGGAUUCUGGUAUCUGAAAAACUAAAGAGAGGCCAUUUUCCCCACCCUAAAAACCCUAGUGAAUUUCAUAAAUACAAGUUUAAAGACUGCACCUGUGUAAAGGCUGUCCACAGUAUUCACUUCAUCAGCAAGGGCUGGAAACCUGAAAAAACUAAGAACAAGACUGUUCCCCACCCUAAACCCAUCAAAUGAAAUGGUGCAAUAAGAAUGAAGAUCAGAACCUGGUGAGUUCGUCCAGCGUACAGUUAUCCAUCUAACCAAGCACAGCAGGAGACCUGAAAGAACUAAAGAAAACAAGCCUUUUCCCCACCCAAAACCCUUUGAAAUGGUUCAAUAAAAAUGAAGUGGAGCACCUGUUUGCCAGUCCAGAGUAUGGUUACGUUCCAAGGCUUAGCAGCAAGCAGUGAAGAUCUGAAAGAGCUAAACACAAGAAGGUUCCCCACCCAAGCCCAGUUGAAAUGGAUUUGAAUAAUGAAAUUCAGCACCUGUUUAGUCCAGUGUACGAGUGUAUUCCAUCUAAUUAAGCAGCAUAGACUGGAGUCCUGAAACUAAGAACAGACUUCCCCACCUAAAUCCCUUUGAAAUGAAUAUUAAUGGAAGGAGCACCUGUUACACGAGUCCAGUACAUGGCUGUUCCAUCUAUCUAACGCGACAUGGGAGACCUGAAAAAUACUAAGAAGAUGACUGAUCCCCACCCUAAAUCCCUUUAAAUUGUUUUAAUUAGAAGAGUCAGCACCUACUGGAAGACUGUCCAACACAGCGAAUUCACUGGGCAAUACAGGAAAGCUGAAAAACUAAGACUUGCUGCGUCCUUAACCCCAUCGAUGGGAUACCUUAAAGUCUGCAGGUCUAUUUUGAGCAACAGAGAUGGAAAUCUGGGGAGAAAGAAGAGUGCUGUUUCAUAGCCCUACACCCCCCCCCCCCCACUAAUGAAAUCAAUUAAAAGCUCCAGCAGUAAUUUAUACACAUGCUAAAAAUCAUUUACAACCAAAACGGGAAACUAAUCUCAUGGGGAAAAUAGAAAUGAAAUCCAUACCUCUCCAAAACACCAGUUAACUUGCUUUCCAGAUGUCUAUUAGUGCCUUCCUUGGUAGAUCAAGCCUUCUAUCUUUGUAGCCCAUUCAAGCAAGUAAUGCUACUUUGAUAGCUCACUGCCUCCUUUAUUUUACUUUUCCAACAUUAUUUACAUCUAUGGUUCAGUUUUAUCUUGGAGAAAGAUUUGUAAGGAAGUAUGACCUACUGCAUUUAGUGAAGGUUACUGGACCAGUUGUAAGUAAUUCUAGGCUUGUUCGUUCACAUCUGCAAAAUAAAAUCUAGGAAAUAUCACCUUACUUUCCCCCCCCCAACCCCAUUUCAAUUUGCAACAAAUCAGUUUGCAACUUAAAUUUACAAAGUAAUCUUUUCAGAAAUCUUAGUAUGACACUUAUCUGUACCAGGAGUGCUUCUGAACCCAACCACAACAUGCUUUGGGAAGUGUUGGAUCUAGGCUUGAAAUAAGGCUACAUGUCUUGCAAACGAUCCAAGAAAUUCAGUCAUACGAACAGUUCCAGUCGCAAACUCAUUCAUCCUUUUAAAAUGAUGGCUCUGCGCAGAUUCCUUACAACAUUCAGUCUGAAGAACUCUGGGCUGUCUGUCUCACUCAAAAGCUUGACACUUCAAGUAUGAGAUUUGCUUCGACUUGUGAUACCUGAAAAAAUCUUAAGGAAAAGAAGCCAAUCUUCCCACCCACCCCAACAAUACUCUACAGAUACAAGCAAUUUAUGUAAACUAAUAUUUGCUGAGCUUUCUUCACUGCAAAUCUAGUUGGCUUGUUGUUUCAUCUACAGCUACUUCAAACCAAUAUUCUUAUUACCCAGAAUGCAUGCAAUUUACAAAGCCAACAUCCCGAAGUGGAUUUUCCAGGGUAAUUAGUCUCAAUUACAACAUUGUGCAACUAUUAAGCAGCUAACUAGAAAAGGAAAAAUUAACUGCCACCUUCAAUCCAACUUAACAGAUUUGUGAUUUAACAACCAAUUCCAUAUGAUGAAUCAAUAUAGAUUAGUGCAGUUAAUCAUGCACAGAAGCUCAAUUCCAUGCCAUCAUUUCCAAUUUUUUUCCUACCACCAAUGCAAUUUUGUAAAAUUGCAAGUUAAAUUGAAGUGAUUCACUGCAGUUAAUAUAUACUAACAGGUAAAGCUUAAUCAUCAAUGGUCGUCGGGAAGAGCACCAAUUGGUCCUCAAAGACAAACUAACUUUAAAAGGCUUACAGGGCACUCUACAAUAUUAUGCUGUUUUACCUUAGGAACAAGCAACUUUAUAGUCUGAAAUCACUGGUUUAGCGUGUUCUGAAAUGACUGGUGUUUAAUGUAUUCUGAAGGUUUACUUGCUGUGAUUGUAGACAGAUUUAUAGAUCAUCUUCAAGAUCCCAUAGCAGAAUAAAGCUUUGUAGGAGCACACCUGGAAAAUAAAAUCUUAGAACAACUUUCCCUAUCACCCACUCCCACUUCAGGAAGCAUUCUUCCAAAGCAGGGUGUUCAUGUACAAAAUAUAUAAACAUGCUGUUGUUUAAAGCUACAACACUAUUUCCUACAGAAACAAUGGGAGUGGAAUUUAAACUCGUAAAGCCAUACAAGGUAAAAUCCAUUGCCCCUAAUUAUUUUUGUUUGGACUGAAAAUUUUACAUUCAGUGCAACAAUAGUGAGUUAUCAGUCACUGCCCCAUACUCAGAAAUGAGAAGUGUUACUUAUCUUCAACACUGCAGUAGGAGGUAAUCAUUCUGAAAGAGUUCUUCUCAACCAUUACACUGAAAGAGUUAGUUGCUGAGCUGAUUUACAACUGCCUGGUUGAAACUUAAGAAACUUUCUUCAGUGGGCUCACUGGAUUGUUUCCCUGGGUGCCUGUAAAAGUCUCAACAACACAUCUUCCAUCCCAUCAAUCCCCACAAAUUCAGCCAGCAGCUGAUCCACAACUGUUCUCUUCCUGCAUGUUAAGUAUUUUAGCUGCCAAGUUUGAAGCAAUUCAAAUUCUUCACCACUCCCAAAUCAAUCUUCCAUCCAAUUACUGCACAUUUUUAGACCCUCUUUACACAUUUUCCGUGCAGCAAACUUGUUAUAAACACAAGAUGCUGGAAUAGACAAAGUGCUGGAGGAACUCCAGUCAGGAGAGGCAGUUAUGCCGGUAUGUUCUUACAGCAGUUUCUCAUUCGGACUUCAUUCCCCCUCCUCUUCUGUACUGAUAAAGGGUCUCGGACAAAACUGCAGUUUAUUCCCCUCCAUGUACACCAAGUUCAUCCAACAUUUUAACCCAAUUUGUUAACCUAGCAAAAGCACGAAUUAACUUCAGCUACCUACGUACAACCAAGAGAAGGGCGAAGUAUUCAAUGAUCCAGUCACAGAAACACGACUUCCACCUGCACGGAGACUCCAAUAUUCACAUUCCCAAUUGACUUUACUGGCCACCUGUAAUCCUGAACGGUUUUAUUCUUGCAGACAAGAAGCAUUACUACCACUGGGACGUCUAUAGGAUCUGGAAGAGAAUUCUGAGAGCUCGUUGUACCCAACCCACCCAAACAGCAGCAAUUUUAAAAAUUACUGACAAAAUGUCAUGUUUUGUUAACUUUGAAACUGAAGUUUAGAGACAAGUUGCUCACAUUUAGCUGCAUCUUUGUAAUCUUGUAGGUGGAAGUGUUGUAGAAAUAGAUGUUGCCUACGGUCCUGUUAAGUACAUUUAGUUUACUGAAAGCCGGUGAUUCCUUUUGCAAUCAUUCUUCCCAGUAAGUUUCAGAUUUGAUGGGAUCCCAGUAUUGGAGCUGAUCAGUAUCUUAUACCUGAAAAAUAAGAACUAGAGACCAUUUCGCUCCCCCCCCCCCACCCAAAAA